AUGUAUUUACUGGUUAUAUUAUUGUUAAUAAACUAUGCUCAAACUCAACAAGAUAUUUGUUCAUGUUCUUGUUGUAUUGGUGAAUUCUGUAGUCCAACUGUCCUUGGUACUUUUGAUAUACGAUCAUGUACGAUCGAGGCAUGCCGUCUACAAUGUCGCACUUCUUUUGCUCAAUGUCAAGCAGAUUAUCCUAAUGGUCAAGUUUUACCACAAUGUUUAUCGUAUGUUAGUCCCUCAUACAAUUGUCGAUGUGAUUGUUGUAAUACGGGUUCUACUACUUGUAUCCCCAUUUUUGUUGGUUAUAGUACUGCAUAUGUAUGCCAAUCAAGUGCCUGCAGUAUUUCAUGUACGACACAGUAUCCAAGUCAAUGUGUAUCAAAUCAGAAUGGACAAACAAUUGGUACGUGUACUGGUCCUAUUACAACAACAGCAACAACGAUAUCGACAACGACAGUUAGUAGAUCAACUAAUAGCCUUUGGAUAGGUCAUACUUGUUCAUGCAUGUGCUGUCAAUCGGGUCCUAAUUGUUCACCAAAUAUUGAAGUAGGCAUUACUACAACAUCACAAUGUUCAUCAUUGGCUUGUACAACAGCAUGUCAAAAUCAAUAUCCAUCAGUCUGUCCAUUGGUACUCAAUCUGGGUCAAACUAAUGGUACAUGUAUAAGUCAAAGUAGUGGAAAUACACGUUGUCAAUGCCAGUGUUGUGGAACGAAUGGAUGUCCAACUUAUGAGAUUAAUACAAAUGGAGAUUGUACAUCAUGUUAUACAUUAUGUCAACGACAAUCACUUUGCGGUAAUACGAAUACUGUAACAUACAGUUGCACUACAAAUAAAUCAAAAAUAUCAGUAGAAAUUUCUCUUUCAUUGAUUAUUUUUAUAUCCAUAAUUGUUUUACAAUAA